UCUGAUCGUUUACUGGCCAAAUAUGUGGGUGGUAUACUUAAAGAGGCUGCAUUUAAAUUAAAAAGACUACCGAAUCUUAAUCAAGCAUCAACGGCGAUAUCCAAGCAGGUUACCGUCAUUGGGGAUUUACAUGGAAAACUAGAUGAUCUUUUAGUAAUUUUCUAUAAGAAUGGUCUUCCUUCAACCGAAAAUCCCUACGUCUUCAAUGGCGAUUUCGUGGAUCGCGGCAAGAAGGGACUUGAAGUCUUCUUACUGCUGCUGUCCUGCUUUCUUGCAUUUCCUGGUGCUGUGCAUUUAAAUCGCGGCAAUCACGAGGAUUCAGUGAUGAAUGCGCGUUACGGUUUCAUACGUGAAGUGCAGCAGAAGUAUCGUCGCAAUGCUGAGAAAUUGAUGAUAAUGAUUGAAGAAGUCUACCGCUGGUUACCGCUGGGAACCAUUGUCAACAAUCGGGUGUUGAUUGUGCAUGGCGGCAUCUCCGAUACAACCGAUUUGGAUAUGAUAAAAAGUAUCGACAGAGGAAAGUAUGUCUCUAUUUUGCGGCCACCCAUCGAGAUGGCGGGCGAGGAUGGCGUCGAUAAAAUUGAAUGGAAACAGAUAUUUGAUAUAAUGUGGAGUGAUCCCCAAGUUGGAGAUGGGUGCAAGCCAAAUUCACUGCGAGGCGCUGGCACCUAUUUCGGUCCAGAUGUAACUAAAACUUUCCUAGCAAAAUACAAGUUGCAAUUCUUGGUGCGAUCACACGAAUGCAAACCGGAUGGACAUGAAUUUACACACGAUGGACAGGUGAUAACAAUUUUCUCCGCAUCCAAUUACUAUGCAGUGGGUUCGAAUAGAGGCGCCUACUUAAAGUUCGGACCACAAUUGGACACGCAAUUUGUACAGUACAUUUCGGCGGCGUCAAAGACUUCCAAACUAACAUUCCGACAACGUGUCAGCAUUGUUGAGAGUUCGGCGUUACGUGAAUUGGGUGGUAGACUACAUGCUAGACGUGAUUUACUGGAAGAAGAGUUUUCGAAACUUGAUCCCAAGAAUACAGGCGCAAUAACGAUCAGUCAGUGGACGGAUGUUAUGGAGCGAGUAACACAAAUGUCUUUGCCCUGGCGUCUAAUGCGUGACAGAUUGGGACCACCAUUCUCUGAUCGCGAACCAAAUCUGGUUAACUAUUAUAUGACUUUGGAAUUGCUCGAUACGGAUGUUAUAAUUGAAGAAGCUGAAGCAUCGACCAGUGUCACUGAUGCCCUAUAUAAACAUAAGGGCAGUCUAAUAACUAUAUUCCACAUACUAGACAAGGAUCAUUCGGGCCAAAUAUCAUUAGAUGAGUUUGGAGAAGCUGUAGAUUUGCUGCGGCAAUACAUGCCUUCGGCAGGAACCAGGCAGGAAUUGCUGCACAUGUGUGAAAUGAUGGACAUCAAUAAGGAUAGCUUUGUGGAUCUCAACGAGUUUUUGGAGGCAUUCCGUCUAUGCGAUCAAGCACGCAAGCAACCGCGAACAUCAAAGACGAGACUAUCAAGGACUAAUAACUCAUUGCGUGUUGCUGAAAUUGCUGAAACUUUGUCGAGCCACAAGAUUAACGAAACCGAAGCAGAUAUCGAUCCUAGGGAUCAUGUAUCAAUCACUUACAAUGACAAAAAAUAAACAGUAAUCAAGCUGUUCACUCACUUACAAGAUUUAUAAAGGAAAAUUAAAUUAACUGAAAU